UGAAAAACUCCCUUAUCGCAAUCGUCAAUUAUUUAAAAUAUCAUCUGCUAUGAAAUUGACAUACGAGAGACACCGCCAUAUAACGCCUCAAACGAUAAGCAUCACACAUCCCAAUGUUCAACCUUUCCACACUCUAAAUUAAUCUCUCCUUCUCUCUAUAUAUAUACCAAUAUCGUAGCUGCACAUCGUUGCUUCUACGGUUAACCAAUUCAAACGCGCAAGCAACCUAUUUUUGUUUUCGUAGAGAAAAUGGAUAGAGCAAUCGAGAGACAAAGAGUUCUGCUGGAGCAUCUUCGUCCGUCUUCUACCUCUUCAUCCUUGGAAAAUCUCGAUUCUUCAAUUUCCGCAUCAGUCUGUGCAGCAGGUGAUAGUGCUGCUUAUCAAAGGAGUCAAGUUUUUGGGGAUGAUGUAGUAAUUGUAGCUGCAUACCGAUCUCCCCUUUGCAAAUCAAAGAGGGGUGGACUCAAGGAUACCUAUCCUGAUGAUAUACUUGCCCCAGUUUUGAAGGCAUUGAUAGAAAAAACAAAUAUCAAUCCAGCUGAAGUUGGAGACAUUGUUGUUGGAUCAGUGUUGGGACCAGGCUCCCAAAGAGCAAGUGAAUGCAGGAUGGCUGCUUUCUAUGCCGGCUUUCCUGAAACUGUGCCAAUUAGGACUGUCAACAGACAGUGUUCCUCAGGUCUUCAGGCAGUAGCUGAUGUAGCUGCAGCUAUUAAAGCUGGAUUCUAUGAAAUUGGUAUUGGUGCUGGGCUUGAAUCUAUGACCACCAAUCCUAUGGCUUGGGAAGGAUCCGUUAACCCGAAAGUGAAAACCAUGGCACAAGCCCAAGAUUGUCUUCUUCCAAUGGGAAUCACAUCAGAAAAUGUGGCCCAACGCUUUAAAGUAACAAGACAGGAACAAGAUCAGGCUGCAGUUGAGUCCCAUAGAAAGGCUGCUGCUGCAACUGCUGCUGGAAGAUUCAAGGACGAGAUCAUUCCAAUUCCAACCAAGAUCGUUGACCCAAAAACUGGAGAUGAGACACCUGUAACGAUCUCUGUUGAUGAUGGGAUCCGGCCAGGGGUAAGUUUGGCAGAUCUUGCAAAAUUAAAACCUGUUUUCAAGAAAGAUGGGUCCACCACUGCUGGAACUUCCAGCCAAGUUAGUGAUGGUGCUGGAGCUGUUCUAUUAAUGAAGAGAAGCCUUGCUGUUCAAAAGGGUUUGCCAAUCCUUGGUGUAUUUAGGACAUUUGCUGCUGUUGGUGUACCACCAGCGAUUAUGGGAAUUGGCCCGGCUGUUGCGAUUCCAGCUGCAGUCAAGGCUGCUGGUCUACAAUUGGAAGACAUUGAUCUGUUUGAGAUCAAUGAGGCAUUUGCUUCACAAUAUUUAUAUUGCCAAAAGAAGCUUGAGCUUGACCCACAAAAGAUCAAUGUGAAUGGAGGCGCAAUGGCCAUUGGACAUCCUUUGGGUGCAACAGGAGCGCGUUGUGUUGCGACUCUGUUGCAUGAAAUGAAGAAGCGUGGGAGGGACUGUAGGUUUGGUGUGGUGUCGAUGUGCAUUGGAACGGGGAUGGGUGCGGCUGCUGUUUUUGAGAGAGGGGACUCGUGUGAUGAUGUUUGCUAUGCCAAGAAUAAGGGUGCAAGGGUGGCUAGCCUAUCGGAAGUCACUUGUUUGUUCUGUUUCGUAUGA